AUGCGCGAGAACUGCAUAAACAAGAGCAGAAAGUGGACCAAACACUCACACCGUCCUGCGCAGAUACAAGACAAGAGUGAAAUGGAGCUGGACUCGGACGACAGAACAGAGCAGCGAGAGGCUGGUGUUUCCCAAAGUGACGUAUCCUCUGAUCUGGGAUCCUCCACUGAACUGCAGACAGGAGACGUAGAGGAGAGGGAGCACCUGCGAGUUUACCUCCGCAUCCGGCCCUUCACCAGCGGCGAGAGCAGCUCGGGAGACGCACAGUCCUGUGUCAGUGUAGAGAGUGCUGACACCGUGCUGCUGAAGGCGCCUCUCUCUGCUCAGUCUGGGAGGCAGAGCACCACCUCCACCGAGCUGCACACUGGACAGCGCUUCCAGUUCUCCCAGGUGUACGGGCCGGACACGUCACAGAAGCAGCUGUAUGACGGCACGGUGAAGGACCUGGUCAGAGACGUCCUGACUGGAGCCAACUCUCUGGUCUUCACCUACGGAGUCACCAACGCCGGGAAAACCUUCACCUUCUUAGGCCCAGAGGCAGACGCCGGCCUCCUGCCCCGGUCUCUGAGCUCCAUCUUUAACAGCAUCGAGGGCCACAUCUGCAGCGACGUGUCAAUCAAACCUCACCGCUGCCGGGAGGUCACCAGACUGAGCAAGCAGCAGCAGCUGGAGCAAAUCCUGCUGAAGAGGAGCCUCUUCAAACAGUGUGCGCAGGACAGGAACACUACUCUGCUCAACUCCACCUUAAAGACCCAGCAUGAAGGGGACUCUGCAGUGAGCUCAGAGGACCGGGUCAGUCUGGGUCUGUCUCAGCACACACGCUUCUCCGUCUGGGUGUCCUUCUGUGAGAUUUACAAGGAGAACAUCCAUGACCUGCUGGAGCCGCCCCCAAACAGCAGCCAGAGGAGGACCGUGCUGCGGCUGUCCCAGGAUGUCAAGGGUCACAGCUUUGUCAAAGACUUGCGCUGGGUGCAUGUGGACUCUGCUGAGGAGGCCUACAGAGUGCUCCACCUGGGCAAAAGGAACCAGAGCUGCUCCUCCACCAAACUAAACCAGCUCUCCAGUAGGAGCCACAGCAUUUUCUCCGUCCGCAUCCUGAGGCUUGAGGACGUGGGGACGCAGAGAGUUUCAGCCGUCAGCGAGCUGUGUCUGUGUGACCUGGCCGGAUCAGAGCGAUGUGCCAAAACCCAGAACCAAGGGGAGCGUCUGAAAGAAGCCGGAAACAUCAACUCCUCCCUCCACAUUCUGGGCAAAUGCAUCACGGCACUGCGCCACAACCAACAGGCAAAACUGCUCCAGCAUGUUCCGUUCCGGGAGAGUAAGCUGACUCACUACCUGCAGAGCUUCCUGUGUGGGCGGGGCCGAGCCUGCAUGAUCGUCAACAUCAACCAGAGUGCCUCGGUGCACGACGAGACUCUAAACGUGCUGCGCUUCUCUGCGGUGGCACAGAAGGUGGUGGUGCUGAACUCCAAAAGCCAGCUGCUGCUUCCGGAGCGGUGGUCUAGUGAUGUGUCUCUUCUGCUGGACAGUUGUGAGGAGCAGCCCAAGAAGAGGAGGAGGAGUGAGCUGAGUGUGUGGGACUGCAGCCUGGAGGACGUGCAGGAGGAUGCAGCAGACGAGUUGGAGGACACCACACAGUGCAGCAGUCUGGAGGAGAGCUCUGAGCACCACGACAAAAUCCUCAUUUCUAAAAAGAUCUACCAGAGCCAGGUGGCGCUAUUGGAGCAGCUGCAGCUCCAGUUGAAGCAGGAGCUGGCCGACAGUCUGGGGAUGGAGUCCAGGAUCAGGGAAGAGAUCAGCAGAGAGGUGUCCCACAUCCUCAGCAGCAUGCAGCAGGACUACGAUGACCGUUUGGCUCGCGAGAGGGACAUCCUGGAGGAGAGAGCAGAGAAACGCCUGGAGAUCUUCAAGAACCUGAGUCAGAAGCUGUCCGGAGAAGGCCACGACCGGGACAGCCCCGCCAUGGACCCUUUCACUGCUGAACUGGCAGAGAUGGAGAAUUACCCUGAGGCCUACCUGAGUGGGGCCAUGGGUGAGAGGAGCCAUGCCUUCGACCGGCUGGAGGAGCACGUGUCCAAAUACUCUGGUGACAGCAGUGGGCAGUCCUCAGAGCGAGCCUCCCUCAUGAAGCAGCUGCAGGAGAAGAGUUUCCAGGUGAGCGCUCUGGAGAAGCAGGUGUCCCAGCUGCAGAGGAGCCUGGAGCAGAGCGCACUGGAGCCACCCCCCACAGCCCAACUGCAGCAGGCCCAGGCAGCUGCAGACCAGGAGAAAACGGCCAAGGAGGAAGCUCUCUCAGCGCUGAAGUGUCAGACCUCCGAGAGACUGGAGGCCCUGGCUUCUCUGGAGGCCGAGAGGAAGGAGCGCCAACAAGCCCAGCGCGCCCUCAGCGAUCUGCAGAACAGCCACCGGGACACGGCCUGCGCUCUUCAGGACGAAAAGAGGAGCAGAGAGGAGGAGCGGCGUGCCAAAGAGAAACUCCUCACAACCCUGGAGGAGGAGAGGAGCAAACACAAGAGCCAGCACCACGCUGAGGAGCAGCUGGCAGCACUCGCAGAGAAGAACAAGGCCAAAGCCAGAGAGUGUGAGGAGCUGCGCGCACAGGUGCACGAGCUGAAGAGCCAACUGCAGGCUGCGGGGAGCAAGGUUUCCAGUGAAACUCAGCGGAACGAGCAAGUUUCAGCUCAGCUCCAGGCGGCUCAGAAGCAGCUCGACCAGCUCUCCUCCGAAGUCAAGGACAAAGCUCAGCGCAUCCACGUACUGACCCAGGAAGCAGACCGCGCCAAACAGGAGCUGCAGACCUCUGUGUCCUCCGCCAGUCAGCUCAAAGACGAGCUAUCCCAACUGCGUGCCAACCUCGCCUCAGAGAAGGAGCACAACAAGCGCAAGUCCAACCAAAUCACGCACACGGAGCAAGAGCUGGUGAGCACUAGGGAACAGCUGGCUCUGGAGAAGCUAAUGUCUGAACAGAAGCUAGCCGAGCUCAAUGAGAAACUGCGUCGGCAUUCUGCAUCCAAAGAAGAGACUGAACAUCUGCGUAGAAAGCUCGCGGAGAGAGAAAAGUCCUUGGAUGACGUUAAGACCAAACUGGAGUUGCUAGAGAAGGACAACAAGCAGCUGAGAGCGAAGCUAGAAGAAGAGGCGCGCAGAGCGGAGAAGUCACUGGAACAAGAUGCGAGCGGGAAGCUGCAGAUGGACGCACUGCAGAAGCAACUGGUCGAGCAGCAGGCCGCAUCCGACCAGCUGCUGUGCGACGCCAAGCUGCAGCUCUACGAACAGCAGGGCGUGGCGGAGAAGCUACGGGCCGACCUGGAGCUGGCCAACGGCAAGUGCGCAGCGCUGCAAGAGUACAACGCACAGACCGACGGCCAGGCCAGCCGGAUGCGGGAGAUGGAGCGGACGCUGGAGGACAGGGACCGGGCGCACAAAGAGAAGCUCACAGAGGAGAGGAGGAGGGCGCAGAAGGAGAUGGAGGCCAAAGAGAAGGAGCUGGUCGAGCUGAGGGACCAGCGAGAGCGAGCAGAGAGCGAGGCUGUGCAGGAGACCCGGCGCAAGGAGGCGGAGCGGCGUCGGGAGCUGCUGGCCAAAGCUGAGGAGGCCAUCGCUCACAAGGACGCGGAGCUGGACAAGAAGAACGCAGAAAUUAGCAGGCUGAAGCUGAGUUCCCAACAGGACGUAGACAAAGUGAAGAGCCUGAGCACCGAGCUGCAGAGGAGAGAGGAGCACAGCAACGAGCUGCAGGAGAAAAUGGCUGAUUACAAGAAGCAGCUCCAGCAGGUGCAGAAGGAGAUCUCGUCCAUGCGGGAAGAGGAGAGGAGCCUGAAGCAGAGACUAAACGACCUGGACAAGUCUAAGAAGCAGCUUCAGUCGGACCUGGCCACCAAAGAGCGCACCAUCGCCAGCCUCAAGAUGGAACAGUCAUCAAACAAGUCCGAGCAGCUUCACCAAAACACCUGUAAAGAGCUCGAAGCCAAAGCUCAGGUGAUGGAACAGAUGCGGCUGGCUCUGUCGGAGCAGGAGGAGACCCAGGAGCAGAUGGAGCGAGUCAUGGAGCAGAAGGACAAGCACAUGCAGGAGCUGACUACAGAGCUGGAGAAGGUGAAGGCCAUGUUACUGAGGAGAGAGGCCCCCAGCAGUAGUCCUGCUCAGGAAAGCUCUUCUACUGACCUCCGAGCGGCGAGACGGGAAGCGAGCCAGGCCCAGCUCCAGCUCCAGUCAUUCACUGAGAAGCACCGCAGUGAGCGUAAGACCUGGAUGGAGGAGAAGCUCUCCCUAAUCGCUCAGGCCAAAGAGGCUGAGGAGCGCAGGAACCAGGACAUGAGGAGGUUUGCGGAGGACCGGGACAAGUUCCACCGGCAGCAGACAGCAGUGGAGUCUCUGUCCUCCCAACUCACUCAGAAGGAGCAGACUAUGGAGCAGUGGAGGAAGGAGCGGGACACUCUGGUCUCUGCUCUGGAAGUGCAGCUCCAGAAGCUGCUCUCCAGCCAGGCUCAGAAGGAGAAGCUGAUCCAGGAGCUGCAACAGAAGAUUCCCCAGCCACCAGCAGAGACUGAUGACGGGGGUGUGGCCGAGCUGCAGGCGAUUCUGUCUGAACGAGAGGCGGAGAUCGUCAAACUGAAAGAGGAGCUGCAGUCCACCCAGGAUGCCCGCAAGAUUAAGAGCAGCGAGAGUCCCAAAAGUGAAGCUCCCGUGCGCAAAUCCAGGAGCAAAAGGGAGCCAAGGACCUCGGUGAUCAGCCAGAGCUCCGCCGGCUGCCCCUCGGUGCUGGACUCCUCUGAGAUCUCCACAGAGAACGGCAGGACAAGCCGCUUCCCCAAACCCGAGCUGGAGAUCUCCUUCAGCCCACUGCAGCCAAACCGCAUGGCCCUGAGGCGGCAGGGCGAGGAGAGCGGCGUCACGGUCAAGAUCACACGCUCUGCCCGCAAGAGGAAGAGCAACGAGAUGGACAAGGAGGUGGAGGCUGAGAACCGGCGGAACACCCGCAACAGAACCCCAGCGAAGCAGCCUCCUCUCAAAGAGGAGAAGGCCAGCCCGUACGGUCGCCAUGACUCCCAGAGCAGUGUGCGGGGUAAGAAGGAGGGCACACUGCACAAGAUCGGGGACUUCCUCCAGAGCUCGCCGACCCUGCUGGGCUCCAAAGCCAAGAAGAUGAUGGGGCUGGUGAGUGGGCGGGACCUGGACCCCUCUGGCUCCUCCCCCUCGUCUCUCAGAGCCAAGAACAAGAGGAAACCGUACAGACCAGAGAUCUCCGCACCGAUGGACAUGCCCCCCCACCCGAUCCUCAGCAGGGACCCGGAAGAGGGCGACCCACAGAUGAAGCGCUGCCUCCGCUCCCGAGUGAAGUGA